AUGGAUUCGGGCAAGGAAAAGGGACUUUUAACAAGAUUCACAAGAAUUCGAAAGAGACCACAGCAGCCUUUAACAGAUCUAACCGAUAUUUACAGUCGAAUAGCGAAUGAGUCGAUCUAUUAUCUGAAUCUGGAAGAAAAAGGCGAAUUUCGCAAAGCAAUUUCGGGGCUGAAAUCUCUUAAUACGCAUGUUCUGUACGCACUGACGCAGAUCGAACACCAAUAUCCUAAUACACAGCAUUACUCAAGAGAUGAGCUUAGCAUUCAAAAUGGGGUGCGAGAACUAUUGCAUCGCAGCCAACUGCAUUUGGAACGGGUCAUGGAGCUGGAAAAGCAACAUGGCCCGCCCGCAACAAUUAAUGAGCGACCAAUGGUGAAAAGACCCCCACCACCGACUAUGGGAUCGAGAUCAAUGCUGAAGACACUGAGAGAGCCCCAUCUGGGUCAAUAUAAUAAGAGUUACACUGUUUCUGCGCCCACGAUCGCCGCAUCAAACAAUACAUCCGGUAGAAGCAACAGUUACAACGGGAAAAUCAAUUUCACAACUUCAAAACCGCUUAAAACGCAAAAUAGUAGCGACGUGUUCAAGGAGUUUGAUGAGGAGGAGAAACUGGUCGAUUUCACGGACGAUGAGGAUGAAGAUGCGAAAAGCGACCAAACGUUGGGAUUUGACGUGCAAGACUACUUUGACGACUAUCUGGACGUAGACCAAGGGGAAAUGAAACGGCUGGAAGCACUCAACUCUCUCGAAGGUGUUAGAAAAGAUGUUCUUGCUCUUUCAAUGGAUACAAAGCCGAUUGGAACGAAACACCUUGAGCCUACCGCACCGUUGAAGCAGACCCGAUCGACAUCCGCUUUGGAGCAGAAGAAACCGGUACCGAAACAUGUCGUUCCGCCCGUACCAAAACAUGUUGUUCCGCCAGUACCGAAACCUUUGGUCACGGCAAAUCCAACAUCUAGUCGAACCCCAGCAUCUGCACCCAGAAGUGCGACUAAAAAGACUGCCAUCGAUCCAUCUGCCAGGUCACUUCAGAAACCAUCUAAAGCACAGCGUUCACAAUCUGCACAGGCAGUUCGGACGCGAAGCGCUCCUUCCGCAAAAAAAGAGCCCCCAGUCGUUAAUAAGAGGGUCAUUCGGGCCAAGAAGCCCACAGUUGCAAUCAUGACAGGGCCUACUAGAACCGUGGUAAAUUCUAAAAAAGCACAAAUAUCCCGAGCCCAAACCGCUUCGCAGCCAGCUACCCCUCCUUCUACAGAUCAGCGAAAAAAGGCUGUUAAAACAGCACCUACUUCUACAAAGCCUGACGAAGACGAAUCGUCAAGUCCUGAAAACGAUAGCGAUAUCGAUCAAAAAGCUCUCAAAGAAAAGCUUGAGGACGAAAUUAUCGCCCAACUCAGAGGUGUUGACCCUGCUGCUGCUAAGCAAAUUUUUUCUGAGAUUGUUGUGCAUGGAGAUGAGGUUCAUUGGGAUGAUAUUGCAGGUCUCGAAGCGGCUAAAAGCUCGCUCAAAGAAGCGGUGGUUUAUCCGUUUUUGAGACCAGAUCUUUUCAGAGGUCUCCGUGAACCCGUUCGCGGAAUGUUACUAUUUGGUCCCCCUGGUACCGGUAAGACGAUGCUGGCAAGAGCCGUAGCUACAGAGUCAAAUUCUACAUUUUUCUCUAUAAGUGCGUCGAGUCUGACAUCCAAAUAUUUAGGAGAAAGCGAAAAGCUGGUUAGAGCUCUCUUCGCGAUUGCUAGAAAACUGUCGCCAUCCAUAGUGUUCGUGGACGAAAUCGAUUCGAUCAUGGGGAGCAGGAACAACGAGGGCGAAAACGAAUCGAGCCGAAGAAUCAAGAACGAAUUCCUGGUGCAAUGGUCUUCGCUUUCGAGCGCUGCCGCGGGGAAAAAAGGUGCCCAACCCGAAGAUGGCGACGACGAAGAGGAAGACGAACGUGUUCUGGUACUAGCGGCCACCAAUCUGCCGUGGAGCAUCGACGAAGCUGCUCGUCGGCGAUUUGUGAGAAGACAAUAUAUACCGCUGCCGGAAAUGGAAACCCGCAAAAAGCAGCUGGCAAAGUUGCUGACGCAUCAGAAACACACUUUAACGGACGAGGAUUUCGACGAGGUUUUGCAAUUGACUGACGGAUACUCGGGCAGCGAUAUCACGUCCCUAGCCAAGGAUGCUGCCAUGGGACCACUCCGAGAACUCGGCGACAAGCUUCUUUUCACACCCCGCGAUCAGAUCCGGCCAAUCGCUUUGCAUGAUGUUAAGAACAGUCUGUGCUACAUCAAGCCGUCUGUAUCGACGGAUGGUCUCGAACAGUACGAGGACUGGGCCCAAAAGUUCGGUUCCUCAGGUGUAUAG